AGCACCGAGGAAAAAUGGGGAACCGCCAAUCCUGGAGUUAUCCUCGGAGCCACCCACGGAGCAAGCUGGUGAAGUACUUCAGCAGGCAGCUGUCCUGCAAGAGGAAGGUGGCCCUGCAGGAGCGCAAUGCCAAGCUGGAGGGCUUCCCCCAGCUCCUGCACUGGUUCCGCAUCGUCGACAUCCGCAAGGAGGUCAUGGAGGAAAUCGCCCCGGGGCAGCUGAGCCUGGAGGAGCUGCUGGACAUGACGGAUGACCAGGUCUGUGCCACCGUGGAGAAGUUUGGGGCCAACAGCGAGGAGUGUGCCCGCCUGAACGCCUCCCUGUCCUGCCUCCGCAGCGUCCACAAGUCUGGCGGGAGCCUCUCCAAGCAGGACUGGACCAUCCAGUGGCCCACGACGGAGCCGGGCAAGGAGAACAGCCCCGGGUGCCAGGCGGAGCCGGGGCAGUGGGCACGGACGCACCUCUCGCAGAGCCCCAAGGUCCAGCCCAAGUGCGGGCAGCACCACUGCCACGGGGGCUCCCCCCACGCGCCCCUCUACACCCACGUGGACCGACUGACCGUGGAGGCUCACCCGGGGCUGUGCCCGCCCCUCGAGUCCGGCCACCGCUCGCUGCCGCCGUCCCCCCGGCAGCGCCACGCCGCCCACACCCCCCCGCGCACCCCCAACAUCGUCACCACCAUGACCCCGCCGGGGACCCCCCCCGUGCGCCGCAGGAACAAACUGAAGCCCCCCGGGACUCCCCCGCCCUCCUCACGGAAGCUCAUCCACCUCAUCCCGGGCUUCACCGCCCUGCACCGCAGCAAGUCCCACGAGUUCCAGCUGGGCCACCGCGUGGACGAGGCGCACACCCCCAAGUAA